GCCAGCGCCACUCGCCGCUGUCCCAGUGCCACUCGCCCGCUCAGCAGCGCCGCUCGCCCGCCCCGCAGUGCCCGUCGCCCGCCCCUCCGGGCCGCUCGCAGUGCCAGUCGCCCGCCCUCCAGCGCCGCUCGCCCGGCCCCCCGAGCCAAUCUCCGGCCCAGCAGCGCCGCUCGCCCGCCCCCGGGCCCUGCCAGUCGCCCGCCCAGCAGCGCCGCUCGCCCGCGCCGCCCCCCAGCCAGUCGCCAGCCCAGCAGCGCCGCUCGCCCGCUCCGCCCUGCCCCUCGCCCGCCUCGGCGUCCCCGCACCGCCCGCCCGGCGAGAGGAUGGAGCUGGGCUACCCCAAACCCUCCAGCCGCCACAUCAAGGCGGGCUUCCAGGGCCGCCGCAGCUACUCGGAGGUGACCAACGUGGCYCUGUACCAGCAGAGCCGCUCGCCCUGGCUGCAGCCCGAGCCCUCCACGCUGCCCAAGCACCGGCCCUACGGCGAGCUCUACCUGGGGGCCGCGGGGGCCCCGCUCAGCGCCCACCAGCCCUUCGACGAGCACGUCCGCUUCGAGAAGCAAUCGUCGGACGAGGAGGAGUGGGCGCUGCCCAGCCCGCCCAGCCCCGAGGCGGGGGCGAUCCGCUGCGCCUCCUUCUGCGCCGGAUUCCCGGUGCCCGACCCCGACCCCGCGCACCGGAGCGCGGCCGCGUACGCGCGGGCMGAGCACGCCCAGUCCUGGCCUUCCAUCAACCUGCUGCUGGAGACGGUGGACUCGGAGGUGCGGAGCUGCCCGCUGUGCCAGCUGGCCUUCCCCAUCGGCUACCCGGACGAUGCGCUGGUCAAACACAUCGACUCGCACCUGGAGAACAGCAAGAUCUGAGCCUCGACCCCUCCCCACCUCUGGAUGCUGCAUGGAAACACAGCGGGAGCCGCCGGCUCCCCAAAUACCUCCGAUCUUCAGUAGCUACGGAAAGACUGAGCCCCCCAACCCCCGGCCCGGAACCUCCAGGAGCCCUCUGGAGC